AUGGUUGCCUCCAAGGACAUGCACCCUUUGCCUAAGAAUUCCGGCAAGAUUUUCUGGAAUAAUCAGUUCAAGGUCAAAAUUGAGCUUCCGACUCGAAGCGAAUUCCCCAGCCUAAAGGGCAAAGUCGCAAUCAUCACUGGUUCCAACACUGGCCUCGGCUUCGAGUCGUCAAAGCAGCUCCUGACUCUCGGUCUGUCCCAUCUCAUAGUGGCCGUGCGGUCCACCAAGAAAGGUAAAGAUGCAGCUUCACAACUUACCUUGGCCAAUCCUUCCGCAACCAUCGAUGUCUGGCCCUUGGACAUGGAGUCGUAUGACUCUAUCCAGACCUUUGUCCACAAAUGCAAUACCGAGCUCUCACGCAUCGACUACACGAUCUUGAAUUCUGGACUCGCUCCAGCAAAUUUCAGCACAACUCAAUCCACCGGACACGAGACCACCAUUCAGGUCAACCACACCAGCACAAUUCUACUUACUAUUCUCCUGCUGCCCAUUCUCAAGGCUAAAUCGACCCGAGACAAUCCAGCACGGUUAACCGUCGUCAACUCUCUCACCGCACAUCUCUGCAACUUCUCAAAUCAACACCAGCGCCCUCUCCUGCCUUCUUUCGAUAAUACCACUAUAACCCCAUGGGAUUCCAAUAACCGAUAUGGCGUGUCGAAGCUUCUGGCUCAACUGUUUCUGGUCAAGCUCGCAGAGCAUAUCAAACCUGAAGAUGUGGUGAUCAACAUGGUCGACCCGGGCCUUACUAAAGGCACAGGUCUGUUUCGCGAUGCAAAGGGUGCGUUGUUAGUAGCCAUGAAAGCAUUCCUUGCCAUUACCGGCAGACCCGUUGACAGAGGGGCUGCUACAUAUGUUGAUGCGUUGUUGGGCCAUGGCAAGGAAUCGCACGGGUGCUUUCUCAUGAACACGGAAAUCUCACCACUUGCAAGUUUCUUCUACACCGCCGAAGGGAGCAUAGCCCAAGACCAGAUCUGGGAAGAGACACUAGGAGAGUUGAGCUUUGCUCAGGCGGAAGAAAUUAUUGCGUCUAUGAGGUAA